CGGCGGUAACAAUGGAAAGCGGCGUGAUUAUAGUCAGGAAGUGGGCGUGUCGUUAUCUGGAGUCGACCAAUCAGCGUCUGGAGGAGGCGUGGCUUCUUUCAAGAGAUGUGAGGAGAAAGGGAUCUAAACAGUAAGCAGGCAGAGAGCGAGAAAAGCGGCGGAGGAAGGGAUGUUUGUGUGUCCGCUGGUCGGUGCUGCAGGUACGGUCACAACCGGAUAACAGCCUUCAUAGCGCCGCACCGGACCGCGGCGAGUCCGCCUCGGAGUUCCCCCGUUUUCUUCACCACCAAACGCGCACAAUGUCCGGCGGGGGAGACAUCCACGUCCUCCGCCAAGACGCCGGCCAAGAGAGUCCGAGGAUGCCGGCCUGGAAGCGAGAAAUUCUGGAGAGACGGAAGGCAAAGGGCGGCGUUUCCGCGGGGAGCCCGGCCCCGGAGACGAGCCCCGGCGGCGCCGCGGGGUCGCAUCACAUCAACGGAGAUGUAACGGGGAAUGUGAACGGUAACGGCGGUGGUAGUGCGAGGAGAGACGGGGGGGCGAGCGGCGUGUCCGGGCGGAACUACACCAUCACCACGGCCAGCCAACAUUUCGCCAACAACAAAGAGCCCCGAGCGGCGGCCGCGGAAAGGACGGCACCGAGGGAGAGCCUGGUGCUCCAGGAGAGUCUGGGUCCGCUGGAGGAGAACCCGUUCAUCAAGCUGGAGAAGGAGCGCCGGAAGAGGCAGGACCGGGAGAACGCCGCCCGCCCGGUCCAGCACAUCCUGGAGCUGUACGGGAGCGUCCCCGGGAUCCGGACCAUCCGGGCCGAUAACAUUAUCAUCAUAGAGUCGGAUCAGGACUACUUCCAGGAGGCCGGAGAGAGUAAAAGCUGGCAGCAGAACGGGGUGGACACCUUCAGCUCCCUCAACGACCUUCUGGACCGGAGAGGCAGCGCCGUGACGGAGAUCAGAGCCAAGGAGGUGGUCAUCUACGACACCACGCUAAGCCGGAGUGAGGAGAACCUCAGCACCCUGGGCCGCCCUGACCCCGAUGGCCCCAGAGUCGCCGGGGAGGGCCAAGGCAGGGUCAGCAGGAUCCUCCAGAAGUUCGACUGCAACUACGGAAAGCUUCAGAAGAAGUCGCACAGCACGGAGAACCUUCUAGACCUGGAUUGUAGUGCCAGUGCCAGGCCAAGACAUUGGGCCAAACCACAGCCAGAUCUGGUGCCAAAGCCCAGGCCAAGUCCGAGUGUCAGCAGCCAGCCAACAUCACCCGUCUUCCAGACUCCUUGGACUUCCAAAGCAAAGCCACAGCCGGAGCACCACCCGGGCUCUCCCCAGCCUGUGUCGUCCUUCCGGCAGAGGUUUGAAGGGGGCAUCAUCCCCAAAGAUGAGCCAGACAGAGGGCAAAGCAAGCCCACCAGGGAGCGCGACUGGGAGGCCUCGGAGGUGUCCCCCAAACCCAAGGUGCCAUGUUCUCCGGAGACCCGCCGUGCCCGUGCCGAGUCCUCCUCACUGCCCGUCUCUUCGAAGGUCUUGCGUGUGACAUCUGAGUUUGAGAUCCGUCCCUCCCCAAAGCCGGACAUCGACCAGAUUCCAGACGGGGACACACAGGCUCGGGCCCUCGCAAACCUCCGUCUGCAGUCCAAGAACUCCUUCACGGUGGUCCCCAAGCGAAACUUGCAAGCCUCGACUGGGACCACCAGCCCUGGACCACCAAGUCCGACCAAGUCCUCGCCCUUGCCAGGAGUGCCAACACCCCCCCGCUCCCCAACGAAGAAGAAAGAAGAGAAAGUACAGGAGAAGAAGGAACCAGAAGUACCUCCUUCACCUUCCUCUCCACCGGCCCCGACCUCACCAGCCUCACCAGUCUCUCCAACUCCGAAGCAACCCCCCGUGGACAAACUGCCGGUCACAAACAUUGACGACAUUGAGGUGGAGCCCCCGCAGCGUGUCCCAGUCCCCAGCCCCAUGGUGCAGAGGAAAAAGGGCAACACCUUCACCGUGGUGCCUAAGCGAUCGACGGACCCCCAGAAGAGCCCACCAGAGCCCCAGCAGGAGGCUCCGGCUGAGGCCCCGCCGGGGUCCACGCCCCCCCAGCCCCAGUACGCCCAGCUGGGCAGCCUGCUGAAGAAACGCUACCCUGCUGUGGAGGAGAUCCAGGUCAUCGGAGGGUACCAGAGCCUGGCCAAGUCCUGCCUGUCCAAGACCGGAUCGGUGGGCAAGAAGCUGAAGAUCUCGUUCAACGAGUCGAGCCUCCAGAGCACCUACGAGUAUCCGUCAGAGAGCAGCGUGUGGGACAGCGGCGAGGAGGACGAGGACGACAAGCGGGACGGGACGCCGACGGAUGAGCAGCCCAGCAUGGUGGGACGUUUCCACAUCCCCCGACCCAGCCUGGUCGGAUCGCCGGUCCUGUCCGAAAACGGAAAUGAUCUUUCCAGCUACAUUCCCAAGCACUCUGUGGACUUCAUCACCUGGCAGGAAAACAAACAAGAAGACAAAGUUUACCUGGAAGAACCCACUUCACCGCAGAUCACAGAGGAGGUCAUGCUGACUCCGGCAGACAGCUCCUCCCUGUCCGACUACAGCAGCGAACCGGCGCUUUACUUCUGAUUGGUGCGUCCAGACGGCAGCAUCUCCGGAGAACCCGACUGCAGCCCCCGAUCCCACCGUCCUCCUGCCACGGAUCUCCGGCCGCUGAGGCUCCCCAAAGCCACAACUGGGAAUAAAAAAAGAAAAAACAAAAACAAAGAAGCAGCUGGGCUGUGUUUCCCCUCUGAUGGAGGACAGUUGAUCUGUCCGACACUUUCGCUCGUUGGUGACGGAGUUCAGUGUUAGGACUUUCUCUGCUUCUGUACAGAUUAUAAAUGGCAGACAGAAAAACAACAAAACCUGAAGGUAAAAGGGUGCCACAACUAUUUUCUUUUCCAGUUUUUGUACGUGCAUGUUUGAUUUCAGCUUCUGUUUUACUGUAAAGUUUCUCUUUGCCUUUCUUUAGUUUCAGGUUUUCACGCUGUAUUAAACUUUCUGGAUGUUUUUCUGAGGUGUUUAAAAAAAAAUCUUCCCUUCGUCAUUUGGAAGGAGGUGAAGAUGAACGACGGCGUGUUGGGGCCGUUGUAGAUGGAAAGGAAAAUUUACAACAAAAACUCUGAAUUGUUUUAGAAAAAACAUGGAAAUUUCUGAGCUUGAAAAGUUGAAAAUUGCUAGAAAAAAUGAGAAAUUUAGACAUUAAUCUCAGGAAUCUUUUAGGGGAAAAACUUUCUGAAAAAUUGCUGAACAAAACUGAGAAAUUUUGAGUUUAAUCCCAUAAAUUUUCAGAAAAACUCUUUCUGAAGUUGCAAGACAAAAUUCCUAGAUUUUGAGCUUAAUCUCAGAAAAUUGUUUGAGAAAAAACAUUACAAAUUUCUGAGCUUGAAAAGUCAUAAAUUUGCCGGAAUAAACCUGAUAAAUUUUGGGAUAAAUUAAUAAAAUUUUCUAGAAAAUAAACUUGGAAUUUUCUGACUUUUGAAAAGUUUAAAAUUUGCUGGUAAAUUUCUAAAGUUUCUAAAGUCGAACAUUUGUUAGAAAAAACUCCUACAUUUUGAGAUUAAUGUCUUAAAAAAAAAAAACAUUUGAAAUUUCUGAGCUUGAAAGGUGAAAAAAUGCUAGAAAAACUUCCUAAAUUUUGAAAUUAAUUUCAGAAAUUUUCUAGAAGAAAAUUUGAAAAUUUUGAAGCUCAAAAAGUAAAAAAAAAAAAAAAAAAAAAAACAAUUUGAAAAACCUUAAAACUGUGUUUCAAAAGUCGAACAUUUUCAACUCUCUUUUUAAAGAAUUUCCUUGUUUUUUCUUUAAAACUUUUGAGUUUAAUCUAAAUUAUUGAAUUUUUUUCCUUUUUUUGCAUCGGCCCUGAUUUGCCGUGGUGAAGCAGACACCUGUCGAUCAGUAGCAGCUUUUAUUCCGUAUCGAAUGCUCUGGAAAAAAAGUGACCUUCGCCAAUUAUAAUAAUAAUAAUAAUAAUGUUUGUAUGUCCAAACGGUCCAAACAAAUCAUGGCUCUACAGAAUGUGUUUAUGUGAACUCUUCUACCUAUAAAUGUUGCAAUUCGAUGUUUUUUUUUCCAACUUAUUUUCUGAGGUUUUCGUUUGCAUGUGAAGGAAACCAGGAGGAAAAACUUCUUACUUGAUUUUUUUAAAGUCAGACCUCAAAUACUUUGACAUUCCGGUUGUUUGAAGGAUAAAUCAUGAAAAUGAAACGUUAGUGGGAACUAGGCAUGGGUUGGUAUUUGCAAAUUAAAAGCUAAAAUGUAGAGCAUGAUCUAAUUAUCACAUAUUGAGUAUUACAGCCAUGGGCAUUUCUAGAUGGGGGCCAGCAGGGGCCCUGGCCCCUCUACUGAAUAAAUAAUAUAUAAUCAGUUUCUUAUAAUGACAUAGAAACUGUAACUAAUUGAUCUUUGGACCAAUUUAAUUUCUUCCCUUCACAAUUUAACAAUUAAUUAAAAAUAAAAGUGUUUGAGUUUUACCUUCAGCUGUUGUCAACAUCAAAGUUAUGUCCCUAUGGAGCUACAUAGGGGCCAUAACAUUUGUUUUAAAAAAAAUUUGGAAUACAUUUUGAAACAAAUUUUUUUUGUGUGUGUAUGGAAUGUGUUUCUCUCAACACACCUGAAUGAAAUGACUGACUGGUUUAGUCUUUUUAUGACAAAUUUAGGGAAUAAUUAAUCAAUUUGGAUCACUGACUUUUGAAUGAUGCACAGAAGAUGCUUUGUAGUAAUUGUGGAGCAAACAAAAUGAGGGAAUGAAAGAAAUGGGACUGAGGACAGAGCCCAGAGGAACUCCACAUGGAAAUGGAGAUUUAUAGCAGAAAUCAAUGGGAGUUUAUGUUUCCCAUUGAUGUCUGGCUGGGGGCUUAGAUGUCUUUUUUUUUUAAGUAUUUACCUGCCAAUCAAGGAAAAGUUGAAUAACUUUGAUAUCCAGUUAAUUUAUUGAUACAUUUUUGUCACCAGAAUGAGGCAAGAACUUUUUCUUUUGCAUCUCAUUUUGGUAUUUAAGUAAAAGUAGCUAAAAAAAAACAAUGGGACUGAGGGUAGACCCCUGAGGAACCCCACACAUAAAGGGAGAAAAAGACCAAAAGUGUCUGAGUUCUUAAUUAAAAGUUACUUUAACCAACGAGGGGUUAAAAUGUCCGAUUUAUUUUUUCCCUAUUGUCUCUAUAGAAGUAUGAGUAGCUUAAAAAACUGAUGGGCUAAGAAUGGAGCCCUGAGGAACCCCAAAGUGGAUAGAAAAUUAUGUCUUUAAUAAGGGAAAAAAGAGAAUUUCUAUAAUUGAUGUUCUGAGCAAAGAGAACAGGCUGAUCUGAUGAGGCAUUAAAACAAAGUAAACAGAUUAACUCUUUAAACUUUUGGUAGACAUUAACGUUCCUCAGCCAGCCCAUGCCUAGUGGGAACAAAUGCAUUGAGAAAUCUGCUUUGUUUAUGCUUGAAUGUUCAUUUUUUUAAAGAUUUUGUUUUUAUACGAGAUGAUUAUGUUUUUCUUGACCUGAUUAUUGCGCCAACUGAUUCAAGUGUUGCUGUGCUGGCCUCACGCUCGUCCCUCCACCAGUAUUCCCGAACUUUUCCUCCACAAUCACUGAAUAUUUUCAGUCCUGGAAGCUGGAUUAUCGUUUUUUUUAAUUCCUGGAGUCUUUGAUGCUGAAUGUCUUUGCACUGUCAUUCUUUUGUUUUUACGCUGCAUUUUGCACCUGAUGAGUCGUAAAAACAAGCGAUGGAGAAAAUUCGCAGAACACGAAGCCGAACCGCUAAACCUGUGAAAACCAAGCGGUAGUUUUGUACCGGUAAAAAGUAGAAGGACGCCGUUUUGAAGUGAAACUCUCCAGCCGAACCGGAGGAAUGCACGGCCGAUUUUUGCCAUGCUUGCUUCUGUUUUUAAAUGUUUGUCGCAGCCUUGUAUUAAAGUCUCAUGAUUGUCGGCCUCGUCACUGUGACCACACAUCCGCGGCUCUGCAGCAGGCCCAGAUUAUUUGUCCUGAUGGUUGUUUUGGGGUUUUCUGGUUCUGGGUGUUUUGUAACCAGAUUUUUCUGUUAUACAAAAGGAGCAACCCGCCAUGAUUGGCCAAUUAACAAGCAAUGAGAUUCUUCUUACCCACUAAAUAUCUGCUUCUGUUUGACCCCAGACACAGUGGUGGACACAACUAACUGAAAAGAUGUGCUAACCCCAAAGCACUGGUGGUAAACAUUGCUUCUGCUAAUGCUAAAUUGCUACACCAACAAAAGAUUCAGCAGAAGCUAGUGCUAAAGUGCUACAACAGCAUGUUUAGUAGAAGCUAAUAUAAAAUUCUGCAAAAACUUGCACUAAACCAAGAAGGAAUUAGCAUAAGCUAACGCUAAAGCGCUGUACUGACAAGGAAUUUAGCAUAAGGUAAUGCUAAAGUGCUACAAUAACAUAAUACUUAGUAGAAACUGGUGCUAAAGCAC